GUUUUGUCCGAAUUGUCAGCAGUCAGUGUUGGACCGAGCCGGAGCUGAAACGAGCAGUGCUCGAAGACGAGGCAAUACACGUAUAUUAUAUAAGAUUUGAUAUUUAUUUUUAUUUAUAGCGUGUUCGCUAUCACGAUGAAAGGUCUCCUGUACACGGUGUGCGUUUUCGGGCUGUGCGCCUACGCGUUGGGCAAGGACGAUGACGUGAAGAAAGCUUCAGUAGACGAUGACAAAAAAUCGUCCGCGGACAAGACCCAGGACAAGAGGAGUCUGUUCGACACCGGUUACGGUUACGGUUCGAGUUACGGAUACGACGUGGGAGUCGGUGGUGACGAUUACCACGGUCAUGGUCACGUGCUGUCCAAGACCAUUAUCAAGGAGGUGGCGCACCCAUACCCCGUACCCGUCGAAAAGCACGUGCCAUACCCCGUGAAGGUGGCCGUACCCGUCGACCGCCCGUACCCGGUCCACGUACCAAAACCUUACCCCGUACACGUCGAAAAACCAGUGCCGUACCCCGUCAAGGUAGCCGUGCCUCAGCCAUACCCAGUGGUCAAGGAGAUUCCAGUACCAGUCAAGGUGCCCGUCGACCGUCCGUACCCCGUGCACGUGCCCAAGCCAUACCCAGUGUACGUCGAGAAGCACGUACCGUAUCCAGUGGAAAAACAUGUCCCGUACCCCGUCAAGGUGCCCGUCGACCGCCCAUACCCGGUGCACGUACCCGUCGAGAAACACGUCCCGUACCCAGUUGAGAAGCCAGUGCCUUACCCAGUCAAGGUGCCAGUCGACCGCCCAUACCCGGUAACAGUCGAGAAGCACAUACCGUAUCCAGUGGAUAAGCCCGUCCCGUACCCGGUCGUCAAGCACGUCCCUUACCCGGUUAAAGUUCCUGUGAAAGUUGAAGUCCCCGUACCGUACCCGGUCAAGAGUCACGAUGACCAUUACGAACAUCACGACGACCACCACAGCAGCUAUUAACUGGACGGAUACAGAAUUGAUAAGCAUUUAUCGCAUCAAAACGGUCUUAUGAAACCGGAAAAUGGUUACCACUAAUUUGUUAAGUACUUUUUUAUUUUUUAUUUUUUACUUUGUAAAUAUUAAAAUAUUUUUAUAAUAUAAAUAUACUUCCUAUGUUAUUUAUCUUUAAACAAAAUUAAUUUUAAUUAUAUAACGGAAUUAAAAAAAAAAAUCUCUCAACUUUGACUGUUACCGACUAAGAUCUUUUUUUUAUGACCUUAAAUUAACUUUUAUUUUUGUAUAUAUUAAACUUUUACCCCCAACCCCCUGUCAACCUGUACCAUAAUCAGCUAUAUUCUCCUCUUUAUAUAGCGACGGGAAAAAAAAGCUAUACAAAGGAAACUGUCGAGGGACGACGACAAUAUUAUAUGAAAUGAUGUAUAAUGCAGUAUGAAUAAAGUUUAUUUUCUUUGA